GAAAGACAGAGACUCCAACUCUCUCUCUCUCUCUCUCUCUCUCUCUCUCUCUCAACUUCGAUCUUCUCUUUUCCUUGGUGUCUGAUUGCAGAAGGAAAAGCAAGUGUAGUGGCGAGUAAGAGAGAAUCAUUUCUUACCUUUUGUUGGGUAGAGAGAGAAUCAGUGCAUGUUGCAUAGCAGAUCUCUUAAAACAGCUAUUCGGCUUACGUUAGCAAACUCGAAUCCUAUCUACAAGAUUUGUCUCUGAUUGCCAUCGUCCCCGUCGCCACCACCGCCAUUGUUAUCUUACUCCUCGUCUCAAAAGCCUUUCGUGAUUUUGGGGUGAUAUUCUUGUCCGGCUUUUGCUUGGAGGGAAAAUCCCGAAAAAUGGCUUCCAAGUUCCUUUUGGCCCUGGCGAUAUGCAAGCUGAUCAUCACUGUUGGAUUGAACGUCGAGCCGACGGAGCUCCUCCAGCUCAGUCUCGGCGGCGGACGGCUCAGCAGGGACCGGCCAGACGUGGAGUCCUCCUCCCUCGACUUUGGCAUGAUGAGCCAGGUGGAGCCGCUGGCGGUGUACCACCCGAGCUCCGUGGAUGACGUCGCCUGGCUCAUCAGGGCGGCGUAUGAGUCGGGCCGUGGGUUUGCCGUCUCGGCGAGGGGCCAUGGGCACUCAAUCAACGGGCAGGCCCAGGCUGCCGGGGGCGUGGUCAUAAAGAUGAGCGGCACAGGGCCGGCGGCCAAGAGCCGGCCAGCCCCGCGUGUGGUUGCGGAGGAGGGGUACGUGGACGUGUGGGGCGGGGAGCUCUGGAUAGAUGUGUUGCGGAGCACGUUGGAGCGUGGGCUGGCGCCGAAGUCGUGGACGGACUACUUAUAUCUGUCCGUGGGUGGGACGCUGUCCAACGGGGGAAUCAGCGGACAAGCCUUCAACCAUGGACCUCAGAUCAGCAAUGUGUACGAGCUCGACGUCGUCACAGGCAAAGGUGAUAUCGUGACCUGCUCGGAGGAAAAGAACUCGCAACUGUUCCAUGCUGUUCUCGGCGGUCUAGGCCAGUUCGGAAUCAUCACCAGGGCUAGAAUCGCUCUUGAACCAGUUCCUCAAAGGGUGAGGUGGAUUCGUGUACUGUACUCGAAUUUCUCGUCCUUUACUAGGGACCAAGAACAUCUCACAUCAUUGCAUGGAGAGCCAGCUAGCAAGAAAUUCGACUAUGUGGAGGGCUUUGUCAUCGUGGACGAAGGCCUCAUCAACAAUUGGAGGUCUUCUUUCUUUUCCUCUCGCAAUCCUGUCAAGAUCUCCUCUCUCGACACCGAUGGAGGCAUUUUGUACUGCUUGGAAGUCACCAAGAACUAUGACGAAUCGAAUGCCGACACGGUGGACCAGGAAGUGGAAUAUCUGUUAAAAGAUCUCGACUUUAUACCGACAUCGGUGUUCACCACCGAUAUACCCUAUGUGGACUUCUUGGACCGGGUCCACAAGGCCGAGUUGAAGCUCCGGUCCAAGAACUUGUGGGAUGUUCCGCACCCGUGGCUCAACCUGUUCGUCCCUAGAUCGAGGAUUGCUGACUUCGAUCGGGGCGUGUUCAAGGGCAUCUUGGGGAACAAGACGAGCGGCCCCAUACUCAUCUACCCCAUGAAUAAGAACAAGUGGGACCAGAGGAGCUCGGCGGUGACGCCGGAAGAGGACAUGUUCUACCUAGUGGCCUUGCUCCGAUCGGCGAACAUUGACGGGACCGAUGCAAGCUGGACGUUGGAGCAUCUGGCCGAUCAGAACCGUCGGAUCCUGAAAUUCUGCCGCGACGAGAGGAUCGAAGUGAAGCAGUACCUUCCCCACUACUCCACGCGGGAGGAGUGGGUGGACCACUUUGGGGAUGAUAGGUGGGCCCGGUUCUAUCGGAACAAGAUGGAGUUCGACCCGAAGCAGAUACUGUCCACGGGCCAGCGCAUUUUUAAACCCGACUUCGGUUCUUAUCCAAACACGGCCUUGCCAUUGUGAUUUUGCUGCACAUAGAGUGAAUUGAAUAUAGG